GUUUUUCUCGACCAGCGCACAGCGGUAUAACUAUAAUAUUUAUACUGUGUAUUAUCUUUCUGUUUUAUAUUUAGUAUUAUUUGCAAUGAGUUGUAGCAAAAGUGCAUAUAAAAUGAAUGAAACAUCUAAAUUUAUAUUUAUUGUGAAAAUGUUUUCUUUUCGAUUUUUUUCGUUUUCUUUUUAACAUAAAUAUACAACAUGGAAAAUAACAAAGAGAAAUCCAAGCUGGAAAGGAGAAGUGAAGCAGAAUUGGGAAAACAGUACGAACGACAUAUGUUUGCACUAAUUACAUUGAAAUGUCUGUUGCAUUCAGGUAUCGAGAACUUCUGGAUUGCCUCAAAUUUAGCGGGUUUGGAUGUAUACGACGACAUUGUAAUAAAUAUAACGUACCAAGAUGGUAGUAAAGAGAUAUUUUUAAUACAAAUUAAAACAAGAAAAUCCGAUUCUUCUAUAGUUGCCGAGAAAUUUCUUACAACACGCAAAGAAUUUUCACUUAAACACUAUCAAGAUGGCUAUUUAAACAUUACCACAAAUGAAAAAAUAAAAUCUCUCAUCGACUAUACCGAAAAUAGUAGAUUAUUUUUUAUUCAUCUGAAUAAUUUUAAAGUGGAAGUAGCCCACGGAAAAGAAGAGCUGGAGUUUGAGAAGCUAAGGAUUGAAGAGUUUAGAGAUUUCAUAACAAGUGUAAAUUUUGAAUUAUCUUCUGGCUUUAAAUUUAUUGAUAAAACUGGGAAAAAUAAUGAGAAAAAAAUGUUUGAUGAACAAUUUUUAAGCAGCUUUUACUUGUAUCCAUACCAAAUUCAAUUAGAUUGUAUAAAAGCAAAUAUUCAAGAAAUAUUGACUGGAAGUAAGGAGUCUACGAUUGGAAAUGCUUAUAUUCAGUACUUUUACGAUUAUUCUUCUUCUAGUAAAUUAAUACAAAAAAUUUCUAUGCUGGAUGUAAAGUUACUAUUAUUAAAAUCAUUGGAUGCAUUUGGAGCGUUUACUCCAUCUUCCAAUAUAGUAUUUGAAAGUGCAAAAAUUUUGGAAACUUUUAGCAAUUUCUCUUUUUCUGUUAUAUAUGAAUUAGAGUCUGAACGCAUCAUUUGGGGACAAAUUAUGCAAGAACUAAAAAUGUGUUUUAAUUUAAAUAUCAAAAAUAACAAACUAUUUGACUAUUGGGAAAACCCUUUACCAAAUGAAGUACAAGAAUUUAUCAGAGGAAAAGAACAGAGGCUGCAAAAUUAUGAAAACUUAAAUGUAAAACUAUUGUAUCUCUUUAUGGUAGCAACUAGACUAGCACCUUUUUAUACAAAAACGGAAAGUUGUCAACUUAAGACCCACAUGCUUCAAUUACUAACACAACUAAAUAUAUACACUAUAAUUUAUAAUACAGAUAGAUGUACGGAAAUCAAUUUUCCGAAAAACUGCACUGUUUUCAAAUCUAUGAUGGAUAUGCCUAAAGAGUUAUUUGACCAAAACAUUAACAAAUUUUUUAUUUCGCUUAGAAAAAAGACGGAGUUGCCCAUAAGUAGUUUGAUUGCGAGUAGUGGAAUUGGAGAAUGUAUUUCUACGGAUCAGUUUGUACAAUUUUACAAUAAAAUCCUAUACAUGAACAACGAACACUUUAACAAACAAGAAAUAUAUAUUAACAGAACCCUAACAAGAUCUAUAAUAAAUGAAAACAUAUUACACAACUUAAAUAUUCCAUCCUGUAUUAUUUUUAAUUUUCCUGAAAAUUUGCAACUAGACAAAAUUAACAAUCGUUUUGAGUUUCAUUAUCAAAAGGAUGGUUUUAAAGUAUAUCUUAUAACAUUCCAACAUCUUCAAACGUUUUGGAUAACACAUACAUCGUCUUACAGUUUUAACAUUUUUAAGGAAAAUGAACCGUUCAUUAGUUCAAAGUUUUGUAUUUUGCAAUACGAGUUUACGAGUUUACCAGAAGCAGAAUAUUACUUCACCUUGUUAAAGUCAACAAUCAAUGUAGAACAUUUUGAAAAAUAUCUAGAGACUGAAAAAAUUUCUGACAAAUAUUUUUUGGACUUUUGCCGACAGACUCAAGUCAAUAUUAUUUGUAAUAAUGCUGGUAUGGGGAAAUCAAUGCUUCUUAGAUACCUUUUAAAAAAAUUUCCACCAGAAGAAUAUGUUAUCUACAUUGAACUUAGUAAAUGGGUAAAACAAAUAAACUUAUUGAGGACCUUUGAAGAUUUCGUUAGGUUUUUAAAGAAAAAUUUUGUAAAAAAUGAACCCAAAGGCAUUUACAAAAUGUCUGAUUAUUUUUUAGAUUGGUACAUUAAGAAUAAUCAAUUAGUUUUACUUAUUGACGAUUUAGAGGAAAUACAAGAAACAGCUAUUUUAGAUAUUUUUAAAACAGCGGCAAACCUCGGAUUACGAUUAUUGAUUGUUGCAAGACCGCAUUUUAAAAAAAGGUACGAAAAUAUUUUUGGAGUAUUUUCAUUGGAAAUUACUGACUUUACAGUUAAAGACCAAUAUAUUUUUUUUGAGAAUUUUUUUAAAAGGCAUAAAAUUAAAGAUGCUUCCAAUAUAUUAAAUGAUUUUAAAGGCAGUGUUAGUCUAUUUGAAACGUCAAAUAUUGGAUUAUGCCAACAAACUAUGAUGCUUGCUAAAAUCUUUGAAGAUAAUAAAGAAGCUCAAGUAAAAUCUACAAUUGAUCUGUAUGAACAAUAUAUCAAUACAGUUUUAUAUAAAGAUACUAAUCUAGAGCGUCAAUUCGUUUAUAAUACUAUUUGCAAAUUAGCAUUAGUAAAUAUUUUUACAGAAAAUGUAGUUAAAAUAGCAAUUGAGUGGAGUGAAUUUAAAGUACAUGUUAAAAUGUUAGAAAAAGCAAAUAAGAGAAAUUUACUUACAGAGUCCCUCGAAGUGUCUCUUCCAGUAUUCAGCCACAAAACUUACGCUGAAUUUCUGGCUGCAAAGUGGCUAAGUGAGCAUUUUAAUAUGAAUACGCGGGUUGACGUUAAAACCAUGUACACAAAAAUAUACACAGAACGACUAGUAACAACAAGAUGGUUCCUUGAUACGAUUUUGUUAAAAAAUUUAAAAUAUCCUAAACAUAUUUUGUUACCUACGAAUGGUUAUUGCACGUAUUGGUCCGAUUUAAUUGGAAGAAAUCAAUUACACUAUACUAUGAGCUACGGGAAGACAUUUGAUAUUCAUACUAAAACUGAAAAACCGGAAGAUACUACUAUUACUCGCAGAGAUAAUACAAUUCUUUUAAAGGUAUCCCAAAUAGAACCAACUAAACUCAAUCAAGAUGAACCAAAUGCACUUUUUUCUGCUAACAAUGUACUUGGAAUUCCUAUUGAGAGCUACGAUAUUAACAUAUACCUUACCUUUCAACAUUUUCAUAAUAGAAACUACAGCAAAAAUAAACAGCCUGUAAAAUUUUUCCAGUAUUUUGAUGAUAGUGAUAACCAUCAUUCUUCUGAUACAUCUACUGUUCACAAAUUGUUGUUGAAUGAAAGUGAUAAUGUUCUUGGAAAAUCCGCAAUGGAAUACGCAAUUUUGGCAGGAACUUUAAUAAAUAUCGAAAAGGUGCUAAGUUAUAAUAUAAUAUAUAUGGCAGUAGAUUUUUCUAAUCUAGGUAACGAAAAGUAUUUUAUGUUAUAUUAUUCUGCAAUUAAUGGAUUCAGCACGAUAAUAAAAAAGCUGCUAACCAUCGAUAACCUUAAGAAUGAUGUAAUAAGAAUAAAAGAUUAUUAUACCAAGAUGAGUUUACUACACUUAGCAAUAAAAUAUGGACAAACAGAAUGUGUUAAAGAAUUGAUAAGUGUUUUUCCCGCACAUAUGUUUGGAGAAGAUAAGGAAAAAAAUACUGCAAUACAUUUGGCAGCUGGACAGGCAGAUACUACCAUCUUGCAACAGAUUUUAGAUAGCUCACCUCAAAUGAUAAACAAUAAAAAUAAAAAUGGCCAGAACGCUUUAUAUUGUGCUGUGCAAGCACAAAACAUAGCAGCUGCAAAUAUACUUAUAAAAUUAGAAGAUAUGGAAAUAGAUUGUGCUGAUACCAAAAAUGGAAAUUCUCCAUUCAGUAUAAGUGUGUUAAAUAGGUGUAAGAAAAUAAUGACCAUUCUUUAUCGACAUGGUGCCAACAUAAAUCAUUCCAAUAAAAAAGGAUUGUCACCCUUACACUUAGCUGUAAUAAAGAAGAAUAAAAAACUUCUUAAAUUAUUGAUAAACUGGAAUGCAGACGUAAAUACAAUCAGAGAGUAUAACAUAUCACCUUUAAUGGAUGCUGCCAAAAGACAGGUAGCAUUGGUAAAAAUUUUGAUAAAUAAUGAUGCUAAUAUUCAAAAUAUCGACCAAAAUGGUUGGACUGCUUUACACCAUGCAGUCAAAAGUAAUAAUAAAAAAGUUGUAACACUUUUACUAAAGCAUAAAGUAGAAAUUAAUAUUACUAACAAUGAAGGAGAGACAGCUUUGAUGAUAGCAUGUAGGAACAACUUUACUAAAGUGUUUAAAGUAUUGGCGGAUGUAGCUGACAUUCACAAAAUCAAUAAAAGGAAAAUGGGUGUUCUUCAUCUUGCUGUAACCGGUAAAAGUAUUGAUAUUGUAAAAUAUUUACUUGAGAGAAAAGUGGAUACUAAUGCCAAAAAUGCUGACGAUUGUACAGCUCUAAUGUUAGCUUGCGAUAAAAAUUUGGUCGAUAUUGUUAAGUUAUUAAUAAAAAAUAAUGCAAAUAUUGAAUACUUUUCAAAAGCGUGGAAAUGUUCUGCUUUAGAUAUAUGUAAGAAAAAGAAACAUCUGGAAUGUUACAAGAUCCUCAAUGAGGAGCUAGUUAGGAGGAAUGAAAUGAGUAGGUAUAAUGAAAAGUCUAAAAUGGGAUGUUGUACCACGUAAAAAUUUGUAACACAAAAACGUAAAACAUUUUAAAAUGUUUACAAAAAACACCAAAUAUAAGCAACCUAUUUUAAA